GGGAGAAUAAGACGUUUUCUCUCCACAUUCGUUGCCAGCCGUGCGCGAUCGCGUGCAGUUUUCGUGUGAUCAUCCCCUAGUUGUCGCGAUCGAGUUUACCGCGACGCCAUUCACGGAACAGAAUAUUAAUGCAGGCUUACCGAUAGGAGGUGCUGCAAAACAAAGCGGCCGAUAGUAACCAAUUAUCGGAUAAAACAACAAUCUACAUCGGAAAGUGUAAUGAAAACGGUGCUUAGCCAAGUUUGCGUCCUCGGAUUGUUUGUGCUUUCGCUAGUGCAUGGAAGUCAUGCGGCCUUAAAAGAAUACGACCCCUGCAAGCAUUAUGGCCGUCAGGGCAUAUGUCGUGGAUACUCGUACUGUAGAAACCAGCUAGUGAACCAGCGGAUUACCAUUUGCAGUUACAACUCGCAGGAAGCGGUCGUAUGCUGUCCAGAAGAUGGCGGUGUCCGGAUUGACGACGCUGGGGAUCGCAAUAAUGGACAGCUUUCAACGCCAUCAACCAAUGCUCGUAAAGCCGUUCAAAAAUGUAACGAAUACCGCAAAUUGUCGUAUAAUCGGAUUGCGGUCAGUACGUUAACUCUGACACCAACGGUGGUUAGCUUUGAAGUACCGAAGUGCGACAAUAUUGUUAAGCUGAUCGUCGGCGGGAAUGUGACGAAACCGGGUGAGUUUCCGCACAUGGCUGCCAUCGGUUGGCGCCGCGGGAAUUACGAUUCAUUCGAUUGCGGAGGAUCGCUAAUCAGUGAUCGCUAUGUACUGACGGCGGCCCAUUGCUAUCUAGAACUGGACGGUCAACUACCGUCCUUUGUGCGGUUAGGUGAUCAAAAUUUAGUUCGCCAAGAUGACGGAGCUCAUCCGAAGGAUGUAGACAUCUUGACGUUCACACGGCAUCCGAACUUCAAACGCAGCCAAGGAUUAUAUAACGAUAUAGCGUUAGUAGAGCUUGUAGAAUCGGUAAAGUUCACAAACUUUAUUCGGCCGGCCUGCUUGCACGAUCGAGAACUAGUGUCUACCGACCAGGCAAUUGCUACAGGCUUUGGUCUCACAGAAGAUCAUGGUGACAAAUCAGAUGAACUGCUAAAGGUAUCAUUGAACAUAUACGACAACGAACUUUGUAGUCGAGGCUAUCAGAACAGCCGACAACUUAAGAAAGGUGUAAUGCAGAGUCAGUUGUGCGUUGGUAAUAUAAAAGGCGGCCGAGACACUUGUCAGGGUGACUCAGGGGGACCUUUGCAGAUCACCAAGCAGGAAAAUCAUUGCGUUUUCUACAUCAUUGGCAUAACGUCGUUCGGCCAGACGUGCGGUUCGACUGUGCCCGCCAUAUACACCAGGGUGGCCUCCUUCCUGGACUGGAUAGAACCAAUCGUUUGGGGGUAGGCGUCUGCUAUCGUAAUACGACAAUAAAUACGAAAGAUCGAGAAGUUAAAAUGGUUUUAUUUCUUGUCCAUGCAACUUUGAACUUUUGAAACGUGUAAUGUGCACUUUUGUCAUUGGUCGA